CAUUCUCACUUUCUUUCGCCCAUCCUGGACAUUACCCUCAAGACCUUCAUUUCUAAACCUCCAGAUCCCACGUAUAUUAUAUAGAUCCGGAUAUAAGGAUACCCCUCUCUAGCAGUACUCCUCCCCUCAACCCAGCGCACAGCAAAACGUUGUGGCUUGGUUGGAAAAGGAAAAAGCAACGCUAUUCCCUUCCUCAAUGUCAACCCUACAACCAACCUCCACCCCUCCGGCGUCGCCAUGGCAGCCGAUAUACGAUGAAAGCACACAGCUGUACUACUGGUGGAAUACCGUCACUAACGAGACGAGCUGGGAUGACCCGAAGGAGGUUUUGGAGAACGUGAAAGGCGAGAGUGGUGGGGAGGCUGUGGAUUCCGAGGAGGGCGAGAGUAGGGAAGAGAAUAAUGCGGCGAAGGAGGAUACUGUUACGGUGCCGGAGGGAAGUGAGGGGGAGGCCCUUGUGGAAGGCACCGAUUCGCCACCCUCUCGUACACCGAAAGGAGAACCAAAACCCGAACCGACCGCACCCUCCAUUGACUCCACAAACCCUCUCCCAGCCGAUGCAACAAGAACAGAAGCAUCACAAACCGCCCACGCAGACUACUACAAUUCCGAAGAAUACUACAACUGGUACUACUCCACGUACCAGCCACAAGCGGCUGGAACUGUAGCCGGGGUGGCAGGCGCUCCAUCGGAUGCGCAGCCGUCGUAUGGGGGGUAUGGCAUAUCGACGGCUUAUGGAACGAAACCGGGGGUUAUUGGUGUUGACUCAGACUACACAGUAACAGGCGCCUUCAACCCCCGCACCGGCCGCUUCCAAAACCCGGACCGGGACGAACGUUUCGCCGCCCCAGACCAAUACUUUAACCAAAACACCAAAGCCGCCCGCCAGAUGAGUUUUUAUUUCGAUUACGACAAGUACCAGGAGGAAAGGGCGGCGAAGCGGAUGGCCGAGAUGAGCGAGGAAGGUGGCGAAGGUGGAGGCAAGAGGCAGAAGAAGCUGACGAAGAAGGAGUUGGAGAUGUUCAAGCAGAAGAAGAAGGAGAAGAAGUUGGGGGCGUUGAGGGCGAGGUUUGGGGCUGAUUGAUGGCUAGUUUGCGGGGGAGACAUGUGAGGGCGGCAGCUUCGGGAUUUGGGGGAUACGUUUGGGUUUGAAUUCCUCCAACCUUUGAAUAGAAAGUGGGAUUGAAGAACGGCGUUGAUAAAGCUCAUGGGCCAUCAGGACUGAAAACCAUUUUAUGCUGCAA